AUGAGACCUUUACAAAUAUUCGCUGGCCUGGCCGGCCUCUUGAGUAUCUUGAAGCCCAUCCAGGCUUCUACGGUGGUCGACCCAAAGAUCGCCGCCAAAGCUGCCAUCGAUGCCAUGAAUAACGCCUUCUACAACCCUUCCGAAGGCCGCUGGUCUCCCGAAAUUGCCUGGUGGAUCUCUGGAACCGCCCUUCAGGCCGUUCUGGACUACAUGCAUGUUACCGGCUCGCGGGACUAUCUCGACCAAGCGCGGUACAUCGUCGACAAGCAAAAGGCGCCCGUGCCCGGCUGGCCCCAAGGCGGCGGCAACUUCAGGGCGGACUCUACUGACGACACGGCCUGGUGGGCGUUGGCGAUGCUUCGUAUGUUCGACCUUACCGGUGACAAGCAAUACCUGGAGGUUGCGAAGCAGGAUGAGCAGUAUAUUUGGCAGUACUGGACGGACACGGAGUGCGGCGGAGGGAUCUACGUGGACAUCAAGGCAUUAACGUACAAGAACGCUAUUGCCAACGCCUUGUACAUCAAGUUGGCCGCGGGAUUGCAUCUUCGCACGGGCGAUUCUCGAUAUCUGACCAGGGCGCUCAAGACACGCCAGUGGUUUGAGGAAUCGGGCAUGAUCAACGCAGAGGGGUUGGCCAACGACGGGUUGACAAAUGAUAAGGCAAACCAAGUGUGCUUCAACAACGAGGGACCGACGUGGUCAUACCUCCAGGGAACGCUAAUCGGCGGUUUAGUCGAACUCUCCCGCACAACCCCCAACGAAGCCUACGUCCGCUCCGCCGUAACCCUCGCCAACGCCGUCAUUUCCUCGCCCAAACUCACCCCCCAAUCCACCUGGGUCCUGACCGACUACGCCUGCGAGGGCACCGCCGCGGGCUGCAACUUCGACCAGCAGAGCUUCAAGGGUAUCUUUGCUCGUAACCUCGGCGAGCUGGACGUGUUGCUCAGGGAAAGGCCAUAUCGCGCAUAUUUGGAGCACAACGCAAACUCGGCAUACCAGACGGCACGGAACCCAGCAAAUGGUUCUUACGGUACCAGCUGGGCGGGACCAUAUGAUGGAAGCAAUUUGGCGAAGCAGCAGUCGGCGGCGAGCUUGUGGGUUGCGGUGCUUCAGGAUCAAGGAACGGCUUGA